GAACUGGAGCAAAACCUGCAGACUUCACCGGAUUCCUCCCUCCUCGUGGAUAUCCUGCACAAGACCAUCCUCCACCCUUUGUGUGUAAAAUAUCCCCCUUCCGCCAAGUACAGAAGAUGCUUUCUAACUGAACUCAUCAAAAAGCAUGAAUCCACAGCAGCUGAGCCCCUGGAUGAAUUGUACGAUACACUGGCGGAUAUUUUAAAUGAAGAAGAAUCUACUCAUUGUUACAAAACCUACUUACUACCCAGGGGAGAAUGCGUUACCCUUUCCGAGAACGUAGCAAUUAUCUCUGGAGGAACCACAGGGCUCGUCACGUGGGACGCUGCUGUUCAUCUCGCUGAAUGGGCAAUGGACACUUCUGAGGUUUUUACUAACAGGACAGUCUUGGAAUUAGGAAGUGGGAUCGGCUUCACUGGAAUUGCAAUCUGUAAAACCUGCAAUCCCAAAACAUACAUAUUUAGUGACUACCACCCCUGUGUUCUCAAACAGCUGACAGAAAACAUCCAUUUGAAUGGCUUUGUCUUGGAGCCUGAAGCCACCCAGCGUACCCCAGCAGAGUCCCAAGGCCAGGAGGCAGAAGCAGCAAAUUACCAAAACCCAAAACUAAUUGUUGCAGAACUUGACUGGGGUUCAGUUACAGAAAAACAACUGUUGGAUCUUCAACCUGAUGUCAUCAUUGCAGCAGAUGUGGUAUAUGAUCCAGAGAUAAUUUUAGCCCUUGUUGGUAUGCUUCAAAAACUCUCCGCUUUCAGAGCAGAUAGGAAAGUUCCUGAGGUCUACAUUGCUUUCACCAUUCGUAAUCCGGACACGUAUCACUUGUUCCAGGCUGAACUUGAUAAAGUUGGGAUCAGAUGGCAGAUUAUUCCAUCUCACAGCAACAGUAUUUUUCUCCAUGACAUGCAGCCAAAUGUAACUAUUUUUCAGCUAUUUAUAUAGACUUGGCAAAUAUAAUGUAACCAGAAUUUUCAGACCAAGGGGAAGUAUCUUCUCCAUAUAACAUAUAAUGUACAUGAGGGACUGAGGAUACAACUCUGACAUCAGUCCAGGCAUAAAGUGAGUUCUGUUUCUUCCUGUAAUUGUCAGCAUGUAUGCAAGCAAGAUGCUACCCCUGAAAAGCAACAGGGGAAAAAGAAAAGCCCUAAAUCAUACUGCACUUCAAUUCUGUAGAAAGCAACAGAAUUGAACUGUAUUUUUUUUUUCCCAUGUUUUGAUUUGUAAAUAGUGGGAGGCACAUCUGCAGGCUGCACUGACAGGGGAGCAAAAUGAUGUUUCAUUGUAAUAAAUAUUUUUACUAUUAAAUCCAGCUGUAAUUGUCUACUUUUUAUACUUGUCUGUAUAUACCUGCAGUAUGGGUCCUCUUAAUACCCCUGUUACCAAAACAGGAUAAAAGAACCUAUUGACACCAUGUGAUGUAGAUGAGCAGACACUCCUUUAUUAACAGCUGGGUGCACAGGGGAGUCACCAGCAGCGCACACCUCACUCCUGUAGCAUGCUGAUUACAUACGGUACAGUCGGACAUAUUAAUCACUUUCUCAUACAUACAGGAGUUAACUCCUUUAACUCAGUUUCUUAUUCCCACCUCUUCCCGGUCACAUGCACUUGAGUCCUGAAAUGAGUCGGGGGCUGCUUUUGUGACCACCAUGGACUGCUGACCUAAAAGAAACACCCUCCACUGCCCUUGAGGCAAGGAUUUUUGGCUUGCACUGUGAUUUUAACAUGCUUCAAGGCCCUUUCACAAUGUAACUGUUAGAACACCUGGUCUACAGGGCAAUAAAUCAUCCUGACUGAACAGUCUAACAAUGGUACCUCAUCACGAGUCAUUCUUUGUAUAGAAAUCUGGUUAAUGAUUAUCACUAGUCUACUUGGCCUCAGGCUGGGAAUUCACAAAGAACUCUGUAGCAGCACGUGUUACUCUGUAUCAUUCCUUAUUUAAAUCCAAACCAUCAAAAAUCAUUAAAAUCAGCUCAAAUCAAUACCAAAUCAGUAACACCCCCAGUCAAUGUAGCAUAUAGUGUCACAAGCUUACACGGUGCUGCAAGAGGUCAAGAGACGCUGCUGUAACUAAGGUUCAUCUUUACUCCCCCAUAAGGGCUGUCACAACUAGCUCUUGGGAAGCAGCCUCUCAGACUGGCCAGAAAAUGGAAAAAGAAAUCACACUCUGUAGCAAUGCCCUAGAUAUAUUGUGUGAGGAAGAAUGGAGCUCACCUUCUCUGAAACUUUUUGUAAUCCAUUAAUCAUUUUCCUGUUGGACAGAAAAACAAAUAUGCUGCUCUUUCUCCACUUCUGACUUCCUUUUCUGUACCUUGUUUUAAAAGCUACUUAAAAGAUGAACACAGACUUUAGCUGCCUCCUUCUGUAGUAAUGGAGAGAAAAUGGAUGAUAGGUAAUUUGAAACUUGAAUAAUCACUUUACUCUCUAAGCCAAAGGAGGCCAUGACUGCUACUAUGAAGUUGGAUGUGCAGAAGUAACUCCUCAAGAAGAAUUCAAAGGUACUAUUUGUAAGUACAUGCUAGCAGCCCAAAAAAGAGCUCCUUUAUCUCCCCUUACAGAAAAUUUUUCAAGUCACUCAGAUAUUCUGUACAGAUGGCUCAUUUUGGAUCUAAAAAAUUUUUACAGGAAGAUGAAACCUCUCUCAAGCUUUCAGCACACCUGUUCAAAGAAGUGCCUAAUUCAACCGUGUGUACAUCAAGGGCUAAAGGGGAAUGGCCAAACCACCAGACAGGAUUUUGCUUGACAACAGUAGG